AUGGCGAAUUCGAUUACUGGAAAGGAUUGCAUGAUCUCAGAAUGGAUUAUGUUGAUUGCGGCCUAUGUUCUUGUUGGCUUGAGGAUUUAUACUCGUCUACUUGUGCAGAGGCAGAAGUUGAGAUUGUCUGAGUAUAUUCUGCUCUUCUCAGCACUCAUUGGUCUUGGGCUUAUCAUUUGCGAUACAUUGACAUACCGGCUGGGUGUCAUGGAUGAGUGGGAUUCUUCGGUCACACUAUCGAAGAUCUCAUUCGCAUCCAACUACUUUUACGAUUUCGGAAUGGGGUUCCCUAAAUUGAGCAUGCUCGCCUUCUAUUGGGGUGUCUUUCCAUCCGACAGACCUGCCCUUCGCAAGGCCAUGUACGUGAUCACCGCCUACGUCUGCUGCGCCUAUAUGACUGUCCUCUGGAUGGACACUUUCUACUGCGGUACGCCUGUGUCCGUACAAUGGAGUCAAGAAGAAGGUGCUUGUAGUGUAUUCUACGCCGAAAUACCCUUCUACUUCAACUUCUCCAUGAACCUUUCUUCCUACAUCUUCAUCUAUGGUCUUCCUCUCUUUCUACUCAAGGGGUUGAGUAAAGAACAUAAAACGGCUGUCUACUUUACUUUUUCCUUGGGUAUCGUUCCUGCGUUGACGACGGUGAUCCGCUUCAUUACUCUGAACACUGAUUCGAGCGAGCCGAACUUGGUGUAUAUUCUGAGUAUGGUGGAGAUGGCUACGGCUAUCGCUGCAGUCUCGGUACCUGGAUUGAAGCCGUUGCUCGACAGGCGUAGUGGAGUACAUUCAGACGAUAGGUCUUUGGUCAGUGGAGAGGCUGUAAGAGCUGGUAAACAGGGAGGCGAGGUGUGA